AUGUCAGAUUGUGAAGAGUUUGCAGAGUACGAUCCUUCCAAGUUCCCAGGCACCAUAGCCGUAUUCCGCAGUGGGAAGAUACGGGCGACCGGAGCGGCCAGCCCUGAGGAUGCCUGCUUGGCAAUGCAUCGUACUGCUGCUUCCCGACUGAAGGCCUGCAUGGAGUGA